AUGAAUACAUCUGAUAUUUCAUCAAUCAUUAUUCGUAGUUAUCAGUCAUCGGAUUUAUCUGCAUGCAAAGCUACGAUAUUAGAUGGACAUAAGGGGUAUGGUAAUGACAUAAGAUAUUUCAAUCAGGCCUUUGAAACGGAUAUGGCAGAUAUUGAAAGCAAUUAUCUUCAAGUACCGAAUGCUCACUGGUGGGUUGCUGUAUCGACGGAUGACAAUCGUAUUGUAGGUCAAGUAGCUGUCCAGCCGCUGCGUCUUGGAGAUCGGAUUUACUAUGAGCAAGCACCAUCAAAAGAAAGAGAUGAAAUUUGUGAGUUGCGGCGAAUGAGUGUGGCUCCCGAUUCUCAAAGACAUGGCAUCGGUUCUCGUUUAUUAACAAUUUUAUUGGACUUUGCUCGAGAGCACGGUUAUCGGAAAGUACAUCUAACUACAUUAACCAGCAUGAACAAAGCUUGUGCAUUCUAUGAAAAACAUGGCUUUGUGAAAGGUGACAUCGUUCGCAUUUCAUUUGAUGAGACAACCGUUGAAAAAGUUAUGCAAUGCAAAGAACAUCUCUUAAAAAUCUUUUCAAACGCAGUUAUUUUCAAACAUGGAGAUGCCAUACCUGAAGAAGACCAACAACGUAUGAAAUUACCACUAAGCAUAUCAAAAUAUGCCUAUGUGCAACAUUACUUUCUUGCAUUGUAA